CAGCCCGGUCCGGCUAGACUGACUGGAGGGCUCUUGGUGAGGGGAAGGUUGAGCCUGGGCUCCUCUUUCUGAGGGACAGCGGGCAGGUGAGGGCUGCUUUGGGGACCCUAAUGGACAAGGAGACCAACGGAACAAGUGGCCAGGCACUGGCUGAGGAAAAAGCCGACGUGGGCUAGCCGGGCUCAAAGACCAGGGAGGACAGACAGACCUCUUCCCUGCUGAGCACUCCAGCCACUUGGACUGUGAAGGAGAGCAGGGCCGUUCUUCCAGACAUCGCCACAGCGGAAUCUGCCAAGAAGACAACUUGACCCAUAAGGACACGGCUUUGGUGCUAAUGCGAAUGAUGAACCAUGCUGCGGAGAAGGAAUAUGAGGCUGAUGUUGGCGGGCAAAGUGAUGAGGAUGGUGGUCCUCUGGGUGGAUAUGUGACUGAUGAGGGAGAAGUAGUGGUUGAAGAUGAUGCCCUGACAGAUGAAGAACUUGAGUUUUUAAAACAGUUCCCCAGCUGGAAAAAGGAUGCGAAAAAGCACAUCAGAAAUCUCUAUGCCAUUGCAGACAGAAUUGACAAAAGCCACCAAAAAGCCACCAAGACCAACGUGGUGUCUAACUCUGCAUCAGUCGUCUCUGGAAUCAUGAGUCUCAUGGGUUUUGCCCUUGCUCCAGUAACUGCAGGUGGAAGCCUGAUGCUCACUGCUGCUGGGGUAGGUUUAGGGGUGGUUGCUGGGGUCACCAAUAUUGUGACCGAUGUGAAGGAAAACUCUCGCAAGAGAAGAGCCCUAGCUGAGGCCAACAGAGUCAUGCCUACCAGUGACCAAGAGCUUGAGGAAGUCAGGGGAAAGAAGACGGCCUAUGUCAUAGCCACUGGUGAGGUUGUCUCCAAAUGUGGGAAUGCCUGGGAAACCAUCAACAACCACAUCCGAGCCCUCCAGCUAACCAAAACACACCCGCAUCUCACCUCGGCUGCCAAGAAGCUCAUGAGUGCUGGCCAAGUCUCAACCCGAACCAGCAGGCAGGUGCAAAAGGCCUUUGGGGGCACAGCCCUGGCAAUGACCAAAAAUGCUCUCAUGAAGAAUGGUCUACUUGCUGCUCUCUCUCUUGCCCAUGACUUACAUUCUCUCUAUGCGGAUUGGAAGGACCUGGAGGCUGGAACGCCAACGGAGCUUGCAAAAGAGUUAAGAGAGCGGGCUGAGGUGCUGGAUCGGGUAUUAUCAGAACAGACCCGUCGCUACAAAAGCCUGAAGAAGAAACUCAGAGACUCACAGAAGAGACCUGCGGGGUCUUCUUUGGAAACAGCCAUGGAGACCCAGCCUCCGCCUCUGUCCUCCAUUGGGAAAGCAAGGCCCAGGGGACAGUGGCAUAGAGGAGCUGAGAUCAUGGGUCUUUGAGAUCAAUAAACAGGGACGGGGGUGGGGGUAGCGGGGCUGGCAGAGGUGAUGCCUGGAGGCUCAUACACAGCGGGGUGCCAGGGAGGCCCCUAGGGUCUCAGAAGGGAGGGUCCUGUCAGCCCCACUCCUGAACCUGCCUCCCUUCUUCAUGCUGACUCGACCACCACGUCCACUCUCCCUGGUCCCCAUCACUCACUCGCACACACCCUGCUUGGUUUCAGACAGACAUGGCUUCCGGCCAGCUUCCGUAGUAAUUAGCAAUGACUAGUAAUUAGCAAUGAUAAGGUGUGAAGAUUCCCCGUCUGCCCACCUCUCCCUGUGUCCUCUUCCUCUCCUCUCAGUAGGAACUGCUGGCUCAGAGCCAGGUUUCCACACAAAGGCUGUCCCUGGAACCUGCUAGGCCAGAUUCCAGGGGAAGGACAGAGGGCGGCCUGCACGCCACUCUUCUGCCCCGUGUCCUGCGCGAGCAGCCUUCAGGGCCUCACCUGGCUGCCGGGUCUCCCACCUUAAACAUCCGUUUCUCUCUUGAAAGUCACACAUGGGUGGUACAACACUUAAAGACCACAAAAACUACCCCGGGGAGGAAGAGGCUGGGGGAGAAAUUGCCGAGGAGGGUGCACACAGGACUUCCUGUGUUCUUCCUUUCCCGGGUGUCUAGGUGCUGGCUGUCUACAGCUGUCGUUAGACUCUGGGGGCCCCUCCUUCCUAGUGUGCUGCAGAACUGAACCCCUCUUCUCUCAUCCUUUGUGACCCCGCACUUGACUGACCCUCCCACCCUGUUCGUGCUCUGUCGUCCACAGAAUUGCCCGCCCUCACCCCUUUACACGGCAGGUAGGAUAUGUUGGCACACAAGCGCUUGGGCUUAGGGGUACCGUGAGCACACACAGGUCACAGGUGUCUGUCUCCACCUCAGGGACAGGUGAGGAAGGGUGCUGACUGCUGCCAGGAAGAGCUGUACCCCCAAGCCACACCCUGCAGGCUCUGCUAUGUGGAAGGGGAUUGGGUAAGAAUACAGAACGUACUUUGAUUGGCCAGGACCAGGUUCCUCCGGGAUGGAGGAGAAAGAAGCGGUGUUUACACUCCGCUUUUCAUAGCGUUGAGGUUGCGACGUUUCUGACCCUCGAGGUAGUGAAAUGACCUUGGCAGAAGCUUGCUUUGUGACUUUGAAGACGCUCUUUCUCAAAAUCAAGUCCUCAAACUGGGAUCCCUAAGAUAAAGACCCCUCGAAAGGGAAAGGAGAGGAACCCACAGGGACACUGUAACGCAGUAGAAGAAAUUUGGGGGUUGUGUGUGCACGUGUGCGUACGUGUGUGCGUGUGCUGCUUAGGGUGGAAGCAGGGCCUCAUGCAUGACACACCAGUGCUGUAAUGGCCCAGCUGCACCGUGGCCCUGGCAGCUGGGUGAAGCAGAGAGAGGCUGGGCCCACGGCACUGCAGAGUGGAGCUGGUUGAAUGAGCUUUGCUUAUGAAUCCUGUGACCUAUCGGUUUGAAACAACAAUCAAAGAAGAAAUAAACUAAUGAAGCCAGGAGGUAGUGGCACAUGCCUUUAACCCCAGCACUUGGGAGGCAGAGGCAGGCAGAUCUUUGUGAGUUCAAGGCCAGCCUGGUCUUACAAAGAGAGUUCCAGUACAGCCAGGGCUACACGGAGAAACUCUGUCUCGAAAAAACCAUUAAAAAAGGCAAUAAACUAACCAUCGCAAGCCUGAAUAAAUAGACUCUUGCACUGUG